CGGUCCAAGGAAUUUUUCUGACAAACGCAAUAGGCCGACCAGUACUGGAACGCAGUGCGCUUAGCCCCUUUAUGGCGGAGGCUGCCAUGUUAAAACGGAAUGAAUCGAAACCCUGGAGUCGUGACCCCGGAAGAACCUGCCAGAGCCGGAAUUUCGAGUUCUGCUUCCGGGCCAAACUGUUGGCAGCCUCGAGAUGGGGAAGAUGGCGGCUGCUGUGGCUUCAUUAGCCACGCUGGCUGCAGAGCCCAGAGAGGAUGCUUUCCGGAAGCUUUUCCGCUUCUACCGGCAGAGCCGGCCGGGGACAGCGGACCUGGGAGCCGUCAUCGACUUCUCAGAGGCGCACUUGGCUCGGAGCCCGAAGCCCGGCGUGCCCCAGGUAGGAAAGGAGGAGUAGUGUGUGCCAGCCUAGCGGCCGACUGGGCCACCCGAGACUGGGCCGCCUCCGGGCCGGCUUUGGAGGGAAGCCCCUGCUGGGCCUGUCCAGUGAGCUGUAAUGUCGAGCGAUGAGCGACCAGCUGCCUCGCUGUCCCAACGCUCUGGCCACGGCUUGUGCCUUGCCGCCAUUUCCCCCAACCCACGCGGGCCACGGCUUGUGCCCUGCCGCCAUUUCCCCCAACCCACGCGACCUUGCUAAAAAAAAAAAAAGAAAGAAAAGAAAAGAAAGAAAGAAAGAAAAAAAUCUGGAAAUUGCUUGUACCUCCUUAACUAUCUGUUUAAUACUAAUACGAUAUUUUGUGUAAAGCUCAGAAGAACAUCUUCGUGGACGUUAGGGUGGCCUCAUAACUUCAGAUAAAAGCAGCCAUUUAAUAAGUCUCAAACCGUUAAUCCGUUGGGCCUGAGACUCGAUCGACCCUGUCUUCUCUGAGGCUUUGAAAGUAAAGGUAAAAUUAGCAGGUUUUUUUCCUGAGAAUCUAGGAGCCUGGAGAGAUAGCUCAGUAAUUAAGAGCAUUUACCUACUGGUGUUCCCAAGAACACCAAGUAGAUUUGGUUCCUUGCAGCCACGUGGCAGCUCACAGCCUUCUUGUAACUCUUCCGGAGGAUCAGACACCCUCUCUUGAGCUCCACAGGAGAGCACUCGUAGACAUGUAAAUAAACUUCUAAGCUAAAUCUAAACAAUUUAUGUACCCUCCCUAUUUCUUCGUGAUGAGAAGAAAGGGGCCAGAGGGUAUG